AUGGCCUGCGACACCCUGAAACAAAAGGUAAAAGCAUUGGGUAAUCGCUCAAAACGAUAUAAUGACAGGGUGAAAAGAUAUAAGAACAAUCAGUUAUACCAAAAAAAUCCCAAACAAUUCUUUAGAUCUCUUGAGGGUACCACAACAGCACAAGAAGAACCACCAACAGCUGAAAAUAUGCACAGAACCUGGAAACAAAUUCGGGAGUCUGAAGGGGAGCAUGAUGAUACGGCCUUCUGGAUCCGGGAGGCGGAACUAGAAGCCAACAAGUAUACAAUGGGAGAAAUGAGAAUCACAAAAUACGACAUAAGAACCAUACUCAAAAAGACAAACAACUGGUCUGCUCCGGGCCCCGACGGUAUACACAAUUAUUGGUGGAAGUAUUUCGACUGCACCCACAGAAUCCUGGCGAACAUAUUCCAGAGAGCGUUAACAAAUCCGUCUGUCAUACCGGAAUCUCUCACUGUUGGCAUAACCCACAUGCUUCCUAAAGGCGAAAAAAGUGGAAAUCCGAAGAACUACCGGCCAAUAACAUGUUUAUCGUCAGUGUACAAAGUACUCAAAGUACUCACCGGAGUGCUCACGCUUCACAUUUCAAGACACAUAGGACAACAUAACAUACUGGCACGAGAACAAAAUGGGUGCCGUAGGGACGCGCGUGGUUGUAAGGAAUUGCUUACCGUUGACUCUCUCAUCACAAGACAGGCUAAAAGGAAACAACGAAAUAUCUCAAUGGCGUGGAUAGGCUACAAAAAAGCCUUUGACUCGAUACCACACUCAUGGUUGCUGAACACCCUGCAACUCUAUGGUGUGUCAGAUGCUUUGAUCAAGCUUCUAAGACACUUGAUGAACUCAUGGUGGACGAGGCUGCAUGUGAAUAUCAACGGGCGCACAUACACAACAGAAGAACUGCAAAUCAGAAGGGGAAUAUUCCAAGGAGACAGGCUUAGUACCCUUUGGUUUUGUUUAUCGAUCAAUUUUUUGAGCAAGCUCCUAAAUAAAAGCCACCAUGGGUAUAUAAUAGAGAAGAGGCAUAAUACAAAGAUAAAUCACCAGCUUUACAUUGAUGACCUCAAACUUUACGCCGCCAAUGAGGACCAACUGAUGAGUCAGCUUAGAGUGGUGGCAUCCUUCACUGAAACAAUCAAAAUGGAGAUGAGGCUUGACAAGUGUGCGGUCGUAUAUGUGAAAAGGGGUAAACUCAUGCAGGGAAAAGGAAUGCUGGUGCAGGACGGAAUAGAGAUCCAAAGACUAAACACAGAAGAAACCUAUAAGUAUCUGGGCAUCAAACAAGGGUUGGAAAUAAAGACUGCUGAAACCAAAACCACGUUCAGGAUUAAAUUUCUGAAUAGAGUGAACAAAAUCCUGCAAUGCAAACUGAAUACCAAGGCAAUGGUCACAUCGAUAAACACCUGGGCGAUGCCUUACUUGGCCUAUUCCUUCGGAGUUGUUAAAUGA